AUGGGAAGCCAAAAAGGCUCCGAAUCUUAUCAGGCAUUCCCUAUGAACGGAGGAGAUGGCCAGCAUAGUUAUGCUCAGAAUUCCACCAAUCAGCGUAGAGGAACAGAUAGUGCCAAAAACAUUAUCAAAGAGACAAUUCUUGAGAAGCUCAAUCUGGAAACACAUUUGCAGAAUUCCUCUCAUACUUUUCGCAUAGCAGAUUUGGGGUGUUCAGUUGGACCCAACACAUUUUUCACUGUUCAAAACAUUAUAGAACCUGUGAACCUUAAAUAUCAAUCCCAAGAAGAAUAUACUACAGAUUCGGUUGAAUUUCAAGUGUUUUUCAAUGAUCAUGUUGGUAAUGAUUUUAAUACACUUUUCAAGUCCCUUCCUGAGGACAAGCAGUAUUUUGCAGCAGCUAUGCCUGGUUCAUUUCAUGGCAGAUUGUUUCCAGAAUCAAGCAUUCAUGUGUUCAACUCAUCUUAUACUCUUCAUUGGCUGUCAAAAGUACCUAAAGAAAUAGUUGACAAGAACUCUCAUAUGUAUAAUAAAGGAAAAAUUUACUUUACAAGUGAGGACAAGGAAGUUGCAGAAGCAUAUUCUGCACAAUUUGAAAGAGACCUUGAGAGCUUCUUGAAUUCAAGAGUCUUGGAGCUUGUUCCUGGGGGCAUCAUGAUUCUUAUCAUUUGCUGUGUCCCACCAAAUGCCUUGAACGCAUUCCAAACUUCUAUAAAUAUCAUGGGCAAUGUUCUUGUGGAGAUGGCCAAUAAGGGAUUACUAAGCGAAGAAUUGGUGGAUUCAUUCAACAUACCUAUCUACGUUCCCACAUCAGAAGAGGCAAAGGAAUCGAUUAAGAAGAAUGGGAAUUUCAAAAUUGUGAAGUCAGAAUUCUUAUUUCGUCUGAUGAACAGUGAGUACCAAAGAGAUGCUCAUAGUUCAAGCAUGCAUUUUAGAGCUGCGUUGGAAGGAGUUUUCAAGGAACACUUUGAGCACGAGAUUGUGGAUGACAUGUUUGUACAGCUUGAGAAGAGAUUGGCGUCAGAAGCCAGCAUCCUUACAGACCCAAGAUACAAGGAGUUGGGAGAGUUACUUAUCAUCAAGCGCAACUAA